AUGGGCGAACGACUUCGCAUCCUCGUAAUCGGCUCCGGAGGUCGAGAGCACGCACUAGCAUGGAAACUAGCUCGAUCGCCUUCAGUCGAUGUUGUCCAUAUCGCACCAGGCAAUGGCGGGACCGAAUCCGAAAAUAUUAUCAAUGUUAAGAUCCCGGUUGAUGAUUUCACCGAAUUGGUUGCCCAUGCGAAGAAGCACGGCUUAAACUUGGUAGUCGUCGGGCCCGAGGCACCAUUAGUAGCUGGUGUUGAGGGCUUCUUUCGUGCGGCUGGUAUCCGCUGCUUUGGUCCGAGCAAAGCUGCCGCUCAGAUGGAAGGCUCAAAAGCUUUCUCAAAGGACUUCAUGCAACGUCACGGAAUCCCUACAGCUGCCUUCCGCAACUUCGACAACUACGAAUCUGCACGCCAGUAUCUUGAUUCCGUGGAUCACGAUGUUGUGAUCAAAGCCGACGGAUUGGCGGCCGGUAAGGGAGUCAUAAUCCCCACCACUAAAGAAGAAGCACAUGAUGCUCUGAAACAGAUCAUGGUCGCAAAGGAAUUCGGCUCUGCGGGUUCUCAGGUGGUAAUCGAGGAAUUUCUCGAGGGUGAGGAGUUGAGUGUCCUCACUUUUAGCGACGGUUAUACCAUCAGAUCAUUACCUCCUGCUCAGGAUCAUAAGCGCGCUUUGGACGGAGACCAAGGCCCAAACACCGGGGGCAUGGGGUGUUAUGCUCCUACUAGAGUUGCGUCCAAGGAGCUGAUCGCCCAGGUUGAUCGGGACAUCGUCCAACCAACAAUCGACUGCAUGCGAAGGGAAGGCAUGCCAUUUGUUGGCAUGUUGUUUACUGGGUUGAUGAUUACUAAGAAUGGGCCAAAAGUACUGGAGUAUAAUGUUCGAGGAGGAGAUCCGGAGACCCAAACGCUACUGCCUCUGUUGAGCGAUGAUACUGAUCUUGCAAAAGUAAUGCUUGCCUGUACUGAACAUUGGCUUGAUGGUGUCGACCUGAAAAUCGAAUCCAAGUUUGCCGCAACCGUGGUAGCUUCUGCGCAAGGGUACCCUGGCUCCUAUGCCAAAAAUCGACCAAUUGCGCUACAGAAGACACCCGCAGACACAUUUGUCUUCCACGCUGGCACGGGGAAAGAUGGAAAGGCGAUACUCUCAACUGGUGGGAGAGUUAUUGCUUCAACCUCCACGGCAGAGACCUUGGAAGAUGCAGUGGCGAAAGCCUACAAAGGCAUGGACACGAUCAAGUUUGAAGGUAUGCAUUUCAGGAAGGAUAUUGGCCAUCGGGCGUUCAAGAGAAAGGAGGAAGAGAAAGGCCCAGAAGAAGCCGCCAUGACCUAUGCAUCAGCUGGUGUCUCAAUCGACGCGGGUAACAACCUUGUGUCCAGGAUCAAAAAGUUUGUCAAAUCAACUUCACGCCCCGGAGCCGACGCCAUAAUUGGAGGUUUCGGUGGAGGCUUCGAUCUGGUCCAGGCAGGUUACCAUGAGAAGUCUCCGAUGUUGGUUGGAGCCAUUGACGGUGUUGGUACAAAGCUGAAGAUAGCACAUGCCAUGAAUGUCCAUGACACGGUAGGCAUUGAUUUGGUGGCCAUGAACGUCAAUGAUCUCGUUGUGCAAGGUGCAGAGCCACUCAUGUUCCUGGACUGCUACACCUGCAGUAUCCUGGACGUUGACAUCGCCAGCGACUUCAUCCGUGGCGUUUGCGAGGGUUGCAAGAUUGCAAACUGCACUCUUGUUGGAGGUGAAACUGCUGAGAUGCCCGGACUUUUGGCAGGUACCGAGUACGAUGCGGUAGGUGCGGCCAUUGGUGCUCUUGACCUACCUGCGGGGAAGCGGCUGCUGCCGGAUCUCAGGAGCAUGGUUGAGGGCGAUGUGCUCUUGGGUCUUGCUUCCAGCGGUAUUCAUUCUAACGGUUUCUCUUUGGUCCGGAGGAUCGUGGAGAAAGCGCGUCUCAGUUUCUCGAGUUCUGCACCAUGGACCUCAGGGACCACGGUAGGCCGGUCUUUAUUGACUCCUACUCGGAUCUAUGUUGUUUCACUACUUGAAGUGGUAAAAAAAGAUCUUGUCAAGGGCAUGGCACAUAUCACCGGUGGUGGUCUCACAGAAAAUGUCCCUCGCAUGCUUCCCGAUCAUCUCACCGCUGAGAUCGAUGUCGCUACAUGGACCCGACCCGACGUCUUCAGAUGGUUGCAAAAGACGGGCAAUGUCAAUAAUCAAGAGAUGAGCCGGACAUUCAAUAACGGAAUUGGCAUGGUCCUCGUCGUAUCAGAACCAUCAUCUGGUCUGGUCAAAGAUGCUCUAGAGGCGCAAGGCGAGUCGGUCUUUAAGCUCGGAAAGCUCGUCCCUAGAGACCAGGAUGAAGGUGUCAUCUUGAGAAACCUAGAAUCGUGGAGUUCAACAUAG